AUGUUUCCAAUAUCGAGAGCCUUUGGACGGCAAUUGGGUCGACCAUCAACGUUUUCUUCCCGUUUUCAAAGUGUUUCUCCAGCUUCUUUUGCUCUUCGUAGUAGAGUUUUUCAGUCGGCCCCAGCUAGACAAUAUGCGACCUACAACCGUUUCAAUGGUUCUUCGUCGUCUUCUUCAUGGAAUACGACUACUUUCAUAAAUCUAUUAACCAGCAGAAGAACCAUCUACUUUGGUGUAGGUUUCUUGGGCUUUUAUGUCUACAAUCUCAAUGAAGCACCUUUUACUCACAGGCGUAGACUCAUCUGGAUUCCCUACUGGCUCGAAACUAAAAUCGGAGAUUUUUCCUAUAGACAAAUAAUGUACCAAUACGGUGAUAAGUUGGUCUCCAGCCAAGAUCCCUUGUAUGGGCGAAUCUCCAAGAUCAUGAAUAGAUUGCUCUCAGUAGCCCUUGAGAAUAACGAGAAUCAGGCACAAAGACACCAUCUCGAAAGCUUGAAAUGGACCAUCCAUAUCAUCAAAGUAGAUCCCAGAGAGUAUCCGCCUAAUGCUUUCAUUUUGCCCAACGGUAAGAUCUUCAUUUUCAGCUCGAUUUUGCCCAUCUGCAAAAACGACGAUGGCUUGGCAACCGUGUUAUCACAUGAGUUAUCGCAUCAGUUAGCUCAUCAUUCGUCAGAGCAGUUGUCCAAACAGCCCUUCUACAUCAUGUUGUCAACGCUUUUGUAUACAGUAACAGGAAUCAGCUGGUUCAACGACUUGAUGAUUAAGGGUUUACUUGAAAUGCCUGCUUCACGUGAAAUGGAAUCGGAAGCAGAUCACAUAGGCUGUGAACUUCUAGCCAGAUCUUGUUUCAACAUCGGUGAAGCAGUCCAAUUCUGGAAAAGAAUGGCUCAAGCAGAAGAAGGCUUUCAAGCUAGAACUGGAUCUCUGAGACUACAAGAAUUCUUCUCGACCCAUCCAGCCACAGACAGAAGAAUAAAUGAUAUACAACAUUGGACUCCAGGUUUGGAAAUUAUAAAGGAAUCGUCCGGAUGCUACGAACACCAAUUCGGUCUCUUUCAAGAAGUUUCCCGCAACUUCUUUAGAUAA